AUGGCAUCUGGAUUCUCUCGAGGCAUAACAACUACCUGGUUUCUGAACUCUCAGCUAACCCGACGUUCAGCGGACGAUGCUAUCGACGCAAUCAAAUGGAAAUCCUCAAAGGCUAAAGCAAACGGUCUCAUAGAGAGACUGAACCUCACCGAAAAGGCGUCGAUGGUCACCGGAACAGCCAAUGGGCAAUGCAUCGGAAAUAUUCCUUCGAUCGAACGAGUCGGGUUUGGGGGCCUCUGUUUGUCUGACGGACCACAAGGCCUGCAUCUUGCGGACCUAGCAAGUGUCUUUUCUUCGGGCCUGACUGCCGCCGCGACAUGGGAUCGGGAGUUGAUUGCGAGACGAGGCGCUGCCAUGGGAGCUGAAUUCCGUGACAAAGGGGCCAAUGUCAUGUUGGGUCCCUCAACUGGCCCACUCGGUCGCAGUCCAUGGGGUGGCCGCAACUGGGAGGGAUUUUCUCCAGAUCCAUACCUCUCAGGUGUCGCCAUGCAAGAGACUAUCCGCAAUGCCCAAGCUGUCGGCGUCCAAGCUUGCGCCAAACACUUCAUCGGCAACGAACAAGAGACACACCGCACCAAUGAGCAAGUCCAAGGUGUAGAUGUGGAUGGUGUUUCCGCCAACAUCGAUGACCGAACAAUGCACGAACUUUACCUCUGGCCUUUCGCCGAUGCCGUGAAAGCAGGCGUUGCAUCGUUUAUGUGCAGCUACAACCGCCUUAACAUGACCUACACUUGCGAAAAUUCACCUCUUUUGAACAAAAUCCUGAAGAAAGAACUGGGUUUCAAGGGCUACGUUAUGUCUGAUUGGUUUGCAACACAUUCAGGCGCCCGGGCCAUCAAUGCCGGCCUGGACAUGAACAUGCCCGGCUACAUGAGCGAAACAGACUUCACUCAUUCCUACUUUGGAUCAAAUGUGGUUGCAGGUGUUGAGAAUGGAACCAUUUCCGAGCGUCGUCUAAACGAUAUGAUUGCGCGUAUCCUGACACCAUAUUAUUACUUCAACCAGGACGAAGACUAUCCAACAAUCGACCCAUCUUCUUACGCGGUGAGCGAAGCGACUUAUGGACUUCUUUCUCCUGGUGCAUCUACUCAGGAAGGUCGUGAUGUUCGCGGAAAUCACUCCUCUUUGAUUCGGGACAUGGGGGCUGCUGGGACAGUCAUGCUCAAGAAUGUGAACAAUACGCUUCCUCUCAAAACACCCAAGAUUAUUGGAGUCUUUGGAAACGAUGCCCCAGAUGUUAGCUCGGGUCUGCUUUACCCUAACAAGGUUGACGGGUUUGAAAUGGGGACUCUCACUGUUGGCGGUGGCUCUGGCAGUGGCCGUAUGUCCUACGUGGUCUCCCCCCUCGAAGCCAUCAAGGAUCGCGCGAAGAAAGAUGGCUCUCGUGUGGUCUACCUGACGGACAACCAAGUUAUUGCCAAUGGUGAAUUCAACAGCAUCUAUCCCAGCCCCGAUAUCUGUCUCGUCUUCCUCAAAAGUUGGGUUCGUGAAGGAGUUGAUCGAACUUCAUUGGAAGCCAACUGGAACUCCACUCUGGUGGUUGAAAAUGUCGCAUCAAUCUGUCCUGGAAGGACAGUCGUCAUCACUCACAGCGGCGGUGUUAACUCAAUGCCAUGGGCAGAUAACGACAAUGUGACUGCCAUUCUUGCUGCACAUUACCCCGGUCAAGAAUCCGGUGAUUCCAUUGUGGAUGUGUUGUGGGGAGAAGUGAACCCAUCAGGAAAGCUUCCUUACACGAUCGCGAAGAGCGAAGCCGACUACAAUGCACCUAUUCUCAACUUGACAGGAGCAAGCAGUACUGACUCAAACGCCUGGCAGCUGAACUUUACAGAGGGGUUGAUGAUAGAUUAUCGUCACUUUGAUGAACAAAAUAUCAAGCCCUUGUAUGAGUUUGGAUACGGUCUCAGCUAUACAUCAUUUGAUCUUGAUUCGCAUGUUUCGGUGAAACACCUUCGGACAACAAACCAAAGCAGACUUGAUCAUCAAUAUUCCAAAAUCACCACCAAGAGUGCUGGUGGCAGCUCCGAUCUUUGGGAUACGAUGAUUCAGGCUACUACAACGGUUACCAACACUGGUGAUGUGCCUGGUGCUACGGUAGUACAGCUCUAUCUCUCCUAUCCAACCAACGAUAUGCCACCGGGAACUCCACGGAAGGUGCUUCGGGGUUUCGAAAAGACAACUUUCCAGCCAGGGGACCAGAGGGACGUCCAUUUCUCGCUUCGCCGUCGUGAUCUUAGCUAUUGGGACACCGAGACACAAAGCUGGAAGAUUCCCAAAGGGAAUUUCCGAUUGAGCGUUGGUUUUAGCUCGCGAGACCUUCACUCCUUCGCUUCUUUCAGAGCUAUCUAG